UUGCAAUAUUGCUCUGUCUUCCUUACAUUCUGAGAAUCCAAUCACGCACUGAUUCAUUUGCUGUUGUUGUGAUCUGUAUCAUAUCAUGGCUGAAGCACUUGUUGUUGGAGCUUUAGUUUCUGCCUCCAUCAGCCUUGUUCUUAACAGGCUCAUUUCACCUGAGUUUGUCAACUCGUUGGUGAGCAAGAAGCUGGACCGAAAGUUGGUUGAGAGGCUCAAGACUGCUCUCUUGGCUGCAGAAGCUCUGGCCGCUGACGCCGAGCAGAAGCAGUUUGGAAACGAUCGUGUAAGGAAAUGGCUUGAUAAUCUCAGGGAUGCUCUCUACACUGCUGAUGACUUGCUGGACCGUGUCUUCAUCAAAGCUGAAAUUUGCAAAAAGGUACGCGUUCGCCUUCCUCUCCGCCUUAAUUUAUCUGUUAGGAAGAUGGUGACUAAGAUAAACGAGGUUGUUAAAAGAAUAGAAGAUCUUCAGAAACUUAAAGAUAGCCUUGGUCUGAAAGAGAUUCCAACGGGUAGCUCCUCAUGGAGAACUCCAUCCAGUUCUCUUGAAAGGGGGACUGUCUACGGCAGGGAUGGUGAUCAAAAGGCACUAAUCAACAUGCUCAAUGACAACAAUCAUCAUAGCUUGUCCGUCAUCUCUAUUGUUGGUAUGGGCGGGGUUGGUAAAACUACUUUAGCACAAUGCCUCUACAACAACAAGGAUUUGAUGGAUGGGGUUGAUCUGAAAGCAUGGAUUUGUGUUUCUGAAAAUUUUGAUGUUGUUGAGACUACUAAGAAUGUUAUAAAGGGGAUCUCUUCAGGUGUUUGUAGUCUUGACAGCUUCGAUUUACUUCAACAAGAUUUGAAGGAAAAACUGUCAGACAACAAGUUCUUCAUUGUUUUGGACGACGUUUGGAGUGAAGAUGCUGACAAAUGGAAUAGUUUUAUCGUCCCUUUCCAACAUGGGAGAAAAGGAAGCACUAUUCUUCUAACUACCCGCAAGGAAAAUGUUGGUCCGACCGUCCAAAAUUAUAGCUCUUACUCUCUCAAGGGACUGUCAAAUUAUUUUUGUUGGUCUAUUUUUGCGGGCAAUGCAUCCUUUCCUGAAUCAAAUGGGAGCUCAGAACUGGAAGGAAUAGGUAGAAAGAUUGUCAAGAGGUGUGAUGGCUUGCCGUUAGCUGCAGAAACACUUGGACGCUUGUUGCACUUAGAGCGUCAUGUUGAUGAAUGGAAUAAAAUACUAUCGAGUGACAUUUGGGAAUUUCCUAUGACAGACAGUAAGAUCGUUCCUGCAUUGUUAAUAAGUUACAAUCAUCUGCCUGCUCAUUUAAAACGUUGCUUUGUUUAUUGUUCAUUGUAUCCCAAAGAUUAUAAACUUGAUAAAGAUGAAUUAAUCUUGUUGUGGAUGGCUGAAGAUCUUUUACAACCACCAAGGAGGGGACAGACUCUAGAAGAAGUUGGUUGCGAGUGUUUCGAUGGCUUGGUUUCAAGACUAUUCUUCAAGCAGGUUGAGAACGAGUUCGAGAAGUAUUUUGUGAUGCAUGAUCUCAUGCAUGACUUGGCAACUUUUCUUGCUGGAGAUCUUUGUUGUAAAUUUGGUGAAAAAGAAGCGAUGAGUAUUCUAACUCGUCAUUUGUCAUACAAUCAUUCAAUCCCUGAUAAAACAUGCUCCUCUAGUAAAAUAGAAUCUUUGAGGACAUUAUCUUUGAGGACAUUAUUGUAUAUCAAUGAUUGGUCUUAUUACAAGAAAGCACCCGCAAAGUUACCAUGUGACAUAUUGUCAAAGAAUAAAUACCUGAGAGUUUUGUCAUUUGGUACACCCAAUAUAUUUCCUGAUUCAAUAGCUAAAAAAUUGAUCCAAUUGCGCUAUUUGGAUCUUUCUGGGAACGAUAUUGAGGUAUUGCCGCAGUCAUUAUGCAAUUUGUUUAAUCUGCAAACAUUAAAGCUAGAAAAUUGUUCAAAGCUGACUAUGCUGCCGAAUGACAUGUAUAAGCUUGUGAAUUUGCGGCAUCUUGAUAUAAGGGGUACUCCUCUGAAAGAAAUGCCAAAAGGAAUGGGCAAAUUAAAACAGUUGCACAUUUUAAGCAAGUUUGUGGUGGGAAAGCAAGAAGACAAUGGAAUCCAAGAGUUAGGAGGGCUUUUAUAUCUUCAUGGAUCACUUGAGAUUGAGAAAUUGGAGAAUGUGGUUGAUGCCAAUCAGGCAAUGAGUGCAAGGAUAAUAGAUAAGAAGCACAUUGAGGAGUUAUCGUUGAAAUGGUCUGUGCCUUCAGGUGAUGAUAUGGUUUCAAACACACAUACUGAUGAACAACAUAUACUCCACAGCUUGCAACCGGACACUGGCUUGAAGGAGUUGAAAAUCAAGGGCUACAAAGGGAAAAUGUUUCCAGACUGGAUUGGGCAUUCCUUGUACCAAAACAUGACAAGUGUAUCUCUAGAAUCUUGCUGGAGUUGCUGCGUGCUGCCUUCACUUGGACAGCUGCCAUCUCUCAAGUCCCUGAGCAUCAAAAGUUUUGAUGAGCUGAAGAGCAUUGGCAAGGAGUUUUACAAGAAUGAAGGCCAUCAACAUUCUUCGCCUAUUGCACCGUUUCCCUCAUUGGAGACAUUGGAAUUUGAUGACAUGUCAUGUUGGGAGGAGUGGCACUUACCUGAGUCAGAAGCCUUUCCUCAGCUUAAGAGCCUUAAAAUAAGAGUGUGUCCAAUGUUACAGGGAGAUAUGCUUAGUCAGGUAUUAGUGAGAAUCGUUUCUUCCUCAUCGGAUGUUUCCAAAGUGCACAAACUGAAAAUAAAAGAAGAUGCUGAAAGAUUGUAUAAAAAGAUGAGACUUGAUGGGGAUAGGUUAUCAAUUAGGGGAUUUAAGGCAAGGAUCAUCCACCAUCUAACUUGCCUCCAAGAAAUACAAAUCUCAGACUGUUCAUCUGUUGUAUCCUUGGGGGGCAAUUGUUUACCCAAAUCUUUGCAAAAGCUCAAAAUCUUUAAUUGCCGCCAAAUUGAAUUACUCCAGCAACAACACAAGUAUGAUUUGGUAGAUCUACGUAUAAAAUACAGUUGUGAUUCACUGACCUCGUUGUCGUUGGAUGCCUUUCCCAAUCUCGAGAAUCUGGAGAUAGUGAGGUGUUCAAAUCUGGAAUCAGUUUCAAUGUCAGAGCCACCACACGCUGCUCUUCAAUGUCUCUCCAUCAAUUGGUGCCACAAACUUGUGUCAUUUCCCCAAGAAGGACUGGCUACACCCAACUUGACUCAUCUCAAUGUUAGCAGGUGCUGGAAGUUGGAGGCAUUGCCACGUGGCAUGAAUACUCUUCUCCCAAAUUUAGAGUCUCUCGACAUAGCAGGUUGCCCAAACAUUUGCAGGUGGCCAGAGGGUGGUUUGCCGGCUAACCUGAAAGAGCUUAGGAUAGGAGAAUGCAAGGAACAACUGAGAGGUCUAUCAUGGAUGGGCAACUUGGACAACCUCACUCAUCUCACCAUUUAUGGUGAUGGCAGGGAGAGCAUAAUAGAGGUGGGUUGGCUGCCUCGCCUUCCCUCCCUUACCACUCUACAUAUCCAAGACUUUUAUAAUCUGGAGACAUUGGAGUGCAACCAGCUUCUCCGCCUCACCUCCCUCCAACAACUACGCAUUUCAUUCUGUAAGAAGCUGAAGAAUAUGGAAGGAGAAAAGCUGCCUUCCUCCCUCCAACAAUUACACAUUUCAUGGUGUGAGAAGCUGGAGAAUAUUGCAGGAGAAAAGCUGCCUCCCUCUCUCUUACUACUUCAGCUUGAUUUCUGUGGUUUGCUGGGCAAACACUGCAAGAACAAGCAUCAACAAAUUUGGUCCAAAAUUUCCCACAUCCCCACCAUUCAAGUCAAUGGCAUACAAAUUCUCUGAGUAGAUCUUUCUGAACAGGUAGCUUGUGCACAUAUAGAGAUGUAAUCCUAUACAUUGGCUACACAUCUUCAUUUAAUUCUGUGUUCAUUUGAGGUAGUAAUUAAGCUGGAUUCAUGUAUUAAGAAACAGAAACUCUGUUUUCUGAUUUUGGCUUCAAGUUAUUGAAAAGCAAAGACAUGAUGGAGAAAGUUAGUGGCACUCAUUACUGAAAAGAUUUCCCAAGACAACGAAGGUAUGUAGCUAAUGCAGUCGAGAUGCAAAGAAUAUGCUUUCCAUAUUUGAAGAUGAUAAUCAUGUACCUGAAGUAGUCGAAGAAGUUGUAGUGAUGCCAUCAGCAACAAUUACGUUCCUAUCAACUUCACUCAAUGGAAGUACAUAUUGAGGUUUGGUAACCAUAUCUAAAUCAUCAUCAUUCAAUCCAAAGUUCAUCAGAAGAGGUACUCUAUAAUUUUAACUUCGGUCACUAAAAAUCUGCAGUCGAGAGUGGUCCAAUCUUGGUUUUGGCUAAAAUUCUGAUAGCAAGUUCUGGAUGUACUUUUUCAUUCUGAAUGGUUGGACGAAUAAGAUAAGAUUUGGAGGGUGAGAUAUGGCCUGCGCACGCAAAGUAGCUUUGGUUUUGUAAAUUUUUCAUGUUUUUGGUUCCCAUUUAUACGCAUUGGUGCUUGGUUGUAAAUUUGUAAAUUCUUCCCGAUUUUCAUUUGUCUGGUUUCUGUUAUUUGUUGGCUGCCACUGUUUUCUGUAUUAUUACGCCAAUUAUUCUCUCAAGAGGCUAUUCCAAUUGAUGAUGUA